GGAUGGAAAACGUAAUAGCCGUUUCUCACAUUCUGCUAGACAGGCCUCAGCACUUCAGUUUUAUAAAAGUCUUGUCUACUGGUAGUCGCUAGUCUGUGGUUCUAACUUCUGCCGCCCAGUUCACGCAAAAUUUUGCUAGUAAACGAAAAAAAAAAACAGACGUUAGCAGUGGUACUAGUGUUUAAUAGUAAUAAUUAAAAAGCGUUUAUUUCAGCAUUUGUACAUUAAAAAUCGUAAGUGUUCAGAGAGGGGACUUUUUGCAAGAUCAGAAUAUGUCGAUUAUACAUUUCUCGCAGUUGUUGAAAACAUGUCUCACAAAUGAUCUAUGUCGAACGUUAGUAAAUCUAGAAGAAAAAUGGAACAUGGCUAAACUUGAAGCUGCAUAUACAGAGCACAACAUGACAUCUGACAUUAAUACCGGGAAAGCUUUAAAGAUUAAGAGGGAGAUGGGUGAGAACACACCUGUGCUUUCCGAUGAUGAGCUGGUAACAAUGUCUGUGAGGGAGCUAAAUCAUCACCUUCGGGGGCUGACAAAGGAAGAUGUGAUCCGACUGAAACAACGCAGGCGCACACUAAAGAACCGUGGCUAUGCAGCCAGCUGUCGUGUUAAGCGUGUCUGUCAGAAAGAAGAACUGGAGAAGCAGAAAUCUGAGCUUGAGCGAGAAGUGGAUAAACUAGCUAGAGAAAAUGCCAACAUGAAGCUUGAACUGGAGGCUCUGCGCUCCAAGUAUGAGGCACUUCAAAGCUUUGCGAGGACAGUGUCACAUGGCACUAUCACUCCCACCAAAGUUACCACUACCAGCGUCAUCACUAUUGUCAAGUCAACAGGCAACAACAAAGCUACACAGGGCUCUUACUCCUAGCUGAGAAAAAGUGACCUAAUGUACUUUAUUGUACUGUAGGUGCCCAUAUUGGUUUCUCACUUUUGGGACCCGAUUCAUCCUAGAUCAAACAAACUUCAAAAUAUCCCGUAAGCUGUAAUGUUGCCAAUCGUGUAAGUCAGAGACAUUGUUGUGCAACAGAAACAACACAGAGGAAAGCACUGUACUUUUAAAAUGGUUAUGUUGUGUUCUGCUACUGUAGAAGCACAGAAUAGUUCUGAAACUCCAGUUGUACUUUGUAUGGCAUCAGCGGUUUGAACUGUAAAAUCUUUUUGGAAGAAUGACUAUUGAAAUAUAAUGAGAUUUACUUUGUGGUUCUGCAAGAUGGCUAGCUUCUGCCUCAGGUUGUAUUGUAGUUAUUUGCAGCAUAGCUUUCAGGUUGUUUAUGCAUAUAUGACAACAGCUACUAGCUCACUGAUUUAUCUUUUUAACCUUUCUGCAUUCCAUUUUGCAGGUAUUUGAUGUGCAGAGUGUGAGAUAUGGGUAUGACCAGCAGACAGCUAACUGUUGGUAUGAGUCAUGUCCAUAUUUUUGGAGACUCUCUCUCCACUAUUCCACUCAUGCACAGAGUAUCCCAAAAUGUUUUUGAAAGUCUGCUUUUCUUAUUUGAUUCAUCUAUUAGGCAGUGGAAUUUCAGAUGUGAAGUAAAGUUAAAAUGUUUGUUUAAAUUCUGUUUGUGUAGUAAGCACAAUUUAGCUGUAAAGCACUUACAGUAGCACCUUCUUGAAAAAAAAAAAUGAAAAUAUAUUUCUGUGGCAGAAUGCGUUUCUGUGGCACUUGUCAUUUUAGUUUUCAAGAGAAAGAGAAAGUGAGCGAGAGAGGGAGAGAGACCACUGAUUCACACAGCACUGAGAUUACUCCAGAUGGAUCCUGGUGUUAAAUGAUCAUCCAUCCAGAGAUUUUUUAGCUCAUUUUAGUAAGGUCUAGUUAUGUUGAAUAAGAGAAAAGUUGAAAGUAGGCUUAUUAUUCAGAUUUUUUGUUAUUUCCCUUAAAGCAGAGCAGAUUCCUGCCCUUUUAUUUGCAUUCUUGUAAAGAUUAGACUUUUGGUGUUUUUCUGUCCUCUCUAAUACAGUAUUUUACCUAAGGAAGCAUUGCCUUCAUUUUCUUGCCACAAGUCCAGAUGUGUUUUGUUGAUUUGUUUCGAGCGGUGCAGAAUUCAGUUUUAUUUACUGGACUAGACUCCUUUUAUUGGGCCAAAAGGAGUACGUCUGUCUCUGUAUAUUUUUCGUAUUUAUUGUCUUCAAAUGCUGCACUGAUUUUUCUAUUGUGGUUCUUUCAGUGGGUUCCUGUACAUCAUACAGUUGAUAUAUACUAAUGCCAAAAAUGUGUCUUUUGACUAGCUGUAGUCAGGAAAGUUUGCAAGGUACACACAAACAUGAUCACAGAUGUGUAAAUCUAUCCCCAUACUUAGUGGCUUGAAUUCAUGUUUCAGUUCUGACACUGCAUGCAGCUUUGGGGUGCUGUGCUUCUAAGGUGCUGACCUUUGUUUGUAGGAGAUCUUAAAACUCUGGCUGUUAUCUGUAUGAGUUAUUAGUAACUUUUUUAAGAUCCCUUGGAAUUUAUUUGAAUAUACUUAGGGGUGUUACCUUAUUGCCCUGACUAAAUUUCCCUUCAUCAGACUAAGUAUUGCCGCAAGUUUCCUCUGAAAACAAACCAACAGCUUAAUCAGAGUUACCUAAUCACCGUUAUGAAAUUAAGUAAAUAUUUUGUUGCAAGUCUAAUGUCCGUUCACUGUAGGGAGAGUGUGACUGACAAGAGAAUACAAGCCAGUCAAAGUUUGGUUAAAACAGGCAACUUUUGUUAUAGUAUGUCUUUAAGCUGGAAUGUUUGUAAAAUUUUGAGAAGUAACAAACUUUAUUUGAAAAUGUUAUCUAGGAAAAGAGAACAUAAGCCAGUGAUGUGAAAUAUAUUUGGGCUCCAUGUAACUUGACCCAAACUUAUUUUCCCUUCUUGUUUUGAGAAGAUCUUUGUGUUUGUUGCCUGCUGAGACACCAGAAGUAGUAUCUCUUGUUGUACGAGACACCAGAAGUAGUAUCUCUUGUUGUACUCAAGUCCAUGAGUGGAGUUACUUGGGGUGAGAGGAUAUUAGCAACUACAACACAUAUCUGCCUGUCAUCUUGUAGAGAAUCUGUCAAAUACAUCUGUUUCUCUGUAUUUCAUUCUGGUGGCAUUAAGGAGAUAUUUUAUUUAUUGCAUUAUAUUCGGAAGAGACUUUAAACCAUGAUCCAAUCUGCUGAAGUUGGUGGUAGGUCAGGUGGAUGUAAAAGAUCCUAUGGCGUCUACUGAAAAGAGUAGGAGAGGUUUCCUAAUACCCUGACCACAUUUUUGUUGGUAAUAUAAACACCACCUUGGGUUUCCACUGAAGAGGCCACUGGCAUAGUGGGAGUAAGCUGAUCAGCAAAGAAUAAAUAAAUGUGCCUUACUGUCUAUUUUUUCAUCUUCUGACACACCCUUUAUCUUUUUGAAAGUUGCAGGGGACUCCAAGCCUAUCCCAGAAAGCAGGUAGGGUAUGGCAGCUUAUGGAUUCUGAGCAGUGCAGCAGCCUUUUACAGGAAGCAUGCAUCUAUGGGCAGUCUGUGGGAUUAUCUCACUUGUUUGACCAUAUCUUUGGGAUGGGAGAAGCAAGAGGGGCCCAUUCAAGGGGGAUAUGCAGACUUUGCUUAGCAUGUACUGCAGCUGAGAAGUAAACUGGAGAACACAGAACUUUGAAGCAUCAGCACUAACCAGUGCACCAGUGCGCCACCUGAUAGAGAAAUUAGUCAAACAAGGCUACAGAGUGUUUCCAUCUAGUGUCGUAAUUGUGAGAGGGCCAAGUGCUUAACUAAUAUCACUUGCCAUAAACACUGCAUAUGGGAUUUGUCUCGUGUCCUAAAGUGUAGCAACCUGAAAGUUAACUGUGGUGUUAUGAUGUACUGGGAGUGUAGUCCUCCGGCAUGAAGGGUGAUGGUCUGUCCUCAUACAAAAGUGGCAGCUCAUAUAGCAGUCAACCACUUUGCAUGCGAGUGACUUGUUUUAAAAAGACUUGAUUUUCAGUGGGCUGGCAUAGAUUAUUUUCAUCCUGACUGCACCAUAGUACUUUUUAUAGAGGUGUCAGAAUGGUUUUGGUAUUAAGAUGCACACACAUUACCUUUCUAAAUUACUGACAUGAAAUGAGAUAGGCAUGGUAAAGUCAUACAAACACUUGAAGGGUGGAUGAAGUCACAUGGCGCUAUAUGUUGUAGACCACUUUCCCAGUGCUUCCUAUAUCACAGGGUCCUGAUGUCAUACUGGAGUUGCCAUCCUCAAUCAGUGUCAUUGAUGAGCUAUUCUGAUACUGAAAUAUUAGUAAAAGGCAGUUCAUCAGUAGCAGCACCCCCCUCCCUAAAAAAAAAAAAAAGAGCUCCUGAAUUCCACAUGAUUAGUCUGUGACAUUGAAGAGGUGAAGCAUAUGUCAGUGGAAAUGGUGAGAGAGUGAUUCCAGGGAUGUUGAGAUGACGUGAAGAGAAUAUUUGGAAAGGGAAAAGGCUCAGGAAUGUAUGUAGUGGGGCUUCAGAGAGCUGCAUAUAGGCAAGGUAUAUGGAUGUGUUAAAUGGUUAAUGAGGAGCGUGCGGUAACCAGAUACUAAGGCCAGAAAACGUGUGUGAAAGUAAGAAACGUUUUACUGACAUCUUGGACUUGAUUUUCAGGUGUGUGAUCUGUGAAGUGAGAAUAUUCUAAGAAAGCAAUGAGUAAUGGUAUAAAAUAGGAUAGAGUAUCUGUUGUUGUAAGGUGUAAAAGUGCAUUUACAGUUGAGAGUAAACCAUUGAGAAGUUUUCUGAACAAGGAGGACGCAGUCUGUUUUGGUUUGGAUGUGAGAACCCUUGACUGUCGUAUUUUAAACUUCAGUGACUUUUAUGCAAAAUUGUCCCAUACCAUUCAAUGCCUGUAUUCAUUUAUGAACUGUAGUAACCUUAUGGUGUAAAGGUAAUUGGAAAGCAAACAAGCGCACAAACCUGAAAGGUUGCUCUACCAGAUGGCAUAUUUUUUGGUACCUGCUUUGUGUUGGAGUGUAUGUUUCAUAAUGUGUAACGCAAACCAUUCCAUCAUUAGGAGGGUCCUGCUGCAGCUUAAGUAAACUGCAGCAAAGCUAAGUAAGAGGUUGUGAGGUGGCUAAACAUUUGACAAUGGAGCACCAUAAGUUGUUGUAAGGUGUUACCUAUGUACAUUUCAUAAAUGUGAUUAACUUUUAAUGGUGGAUCCAGUUGUAACUAUGUAUCAAAGCUGUUUUGUCAGGAUUUAAAUAGUGUCUUUAAAGCAUUUUAUGUGCAGAUUUUUCCAUAAAUAUGUCCUCAAUGUGUUUGUUAUAUGGUUAAUAACUUGACAGAUGAUGCUGAUGGUAUGACAACACUGCUGGUCUUAGUUUUCAUGAUCCCAUAAUUUGACAGACCUGUUUAGUUCAUCAGAGUUUCAUGCACUAGGUGUAUGAAUUGACAGUCAGUUCUGCAGGUAGGCACCCUAGACUACACCAUAACAUGCAUGGUUUUUGCUUUUGAACUUAGUUAUGCACUUGUUUUUGUGUCACAUGUACUAUUAUUUUGCAUACUUCCCUGCUGCUUCCGUAUAUUUUUGUGCUUGUUUUACAAGUUCGUUAACAUUCCAGCAAAUGUUCAAACUGAAAUGGACUAUAUAAAUGUGUUACAUCUGCUGUAAAUGGGAGGUAGAGUUAACAGACCUCUGCAGAACUCCGGACCCACAGUGAGAUCUCAGAAUAUAUUUAUGGGGGUUAUGUAUUUGUAGACAUAUGUACUUGUAGUUAGGAUAGCUCCCCAUGUGUUUUUAAGUUGUUAGCUUAGACCUUUGAUAGUUGUCACUUGUCAGACCUCCGAUAACUACUGGCUUGACUCUGCUUACAGAAUGCAGCAGGUUUGGAAUACAAGAAAGGCCACCAUUCUGCAUUUACCUUGUUUUGUGGUGUUUGGUUUUGUGAUGAUUGAAGACCUCUUUAUUCUAUGAAUGAAAGUUAUAAUUCUCACCUAAGGAAUACACCAGCAUAUCAUUUGUUAGGUUUACAUUUCUUGUAUGCGUAAAAUAUUGAUAUAUAAUAUACAUAUUUUGUAAAUUGUUUAAAUGUACUUGUUAUGCAUAUAAAUCUAAAGUAUUUAAAGAAAUUCUUUUCACAUAAUUUCAAAGACAUGCUGCUUUUAUUUUUUGUUUUUAUGUAUUUUAUGAAUUUUGUUUUGUUAAGGUAUUUCAUCAGCAUUUGGGAAAUUUAAUGUGUAAUAGCAUUUAACAUUUUUUCAAAUAAAUUGAUUUUUAACAGUCACAGGAAAGCCAAGGUCUUGUGAAACCAUAAAUUAUAGUUAAAUUGCACCAAUCAUAGCUAUUUUUAAAGAAAAACAAAAGUUCUACCUUCACUUUAUUGAUUGACAACUUGCCAGUUAAAAUGUCAUCAUCUGGUGAUGAUGAAGGAAUUAUUUUAGUGGGGUUAUUGUUUCUGAUUUCACAUGCCCUACUUGUGAGCAUCAAACUUGAGGCUCCUUUUAUUUAUUUGAAUGUUAAGUUGAAGCAGUUUAAAGUUGUACUUAUUUUAGUAAAAAUAAUGUCACUGUUGAAUUGAAUUGUAACACUUUUUGACUUAUUGUCAUUUACUUGAAACAGGCUUAGCAUUUUGAAUUUCCAAGCCACAUAAUCAUUUUCAGCUGUUGUCAAUUCAUUGGUUUGUAAAACAAGAUUUUUACUCUGCAAUCUAUACUGGGUGGUAACACAUGCAGACAAGAGAACUGGUAUCCUAACUGCAGUUUUUAUUUGUUGUUUUUUUUUUUUUUUUCCCCUCCCCCAAAUAUAUAAAGGUACCGGAUUGGAUGAAGUUGUAAACACUUUAGUUUUACUGAGGAUGGAAUGUUAGUACAACAGCUUGCUUAUGUAUUGUGUCUUGGAGAACAUGCAUUAAGCCUAUAAAUAGUACAGUGUACACUGCUAAAAGUUGCAUGAAGCAAGUACAGCAAUGUAAACAUAAUUUCACAUAUAAGCAAAUAUGAUGCAAUUAUGUAAAAUGCAGACAACCCUGCAAAAUGAAAUGUAGCGAAAGUAACAAGUUUCACUGCAUUACUAGUAACAUUUGGCCUGGACUAAAGGAUCAUCAAUUUGUUACGCUGUUGUCAUUUCAUUACAGUUUUCUUGUCUGCAGUGUGGCGGAUGUUUCUCUAGUCAGGAAAAUGCAUUGUUAAACUUGCUCUUUACAGUGCAGACAAACCAACAUUUUAUGUAGUAAAUAUGAAGGAUGUGCACGUAGAUUAUUAAUGAAUUCUACUGUGGGAGAUGGAGGACCAUGCAGCCUUUCUCCUUUUUUGCAUUUGUUGGUACAUUUGGGUUCCAUUUGAGUUAUUCUAGUGUGUAACAACUGGAUGCUACAUGCACAAUUAAUUGAUGCUACUUUCUUAUAUGCAGAAUGUUCAGCCUGCACAUACAAGUAAUUUUAAAUAUCUUGUAGUUUACAAAAGAGAUGUAUUUGACACUUGUUUUGAAGAGGGCAUUUUAAUUUAAUAAUAUUUGAAAACUAUCUUGCUAUAUAGUUUCUUAGACAGUUGCUACAUUUAAAUUUAACAGUUUCCCAUUUAAUGGCUGUAUUUUUAAGUGCUUCUUAGUGUUAGCUCAACACUAGUGUGCUGUUAAUACUUUAGCAGAUGUGAGUCACUUUGGACAACUGUGGGGGAUUUUUCAGAUGCAUCAAAAUGGAUGAUGACAUACUGGUAAGGCAAGUGUUAACUGUCGCUGUUUUUGCGGUACCUUAGCACAGAGCUUUUAUUAAGUAGUUUCUGAGCAUUUAUUUUCUGAUUGCCUUUUAUUUAUUUAUAAAUUAUUACUUUUAAAAUUUAUAUGUUCAAAUGUUGCAUAUGAAAUAUUUGUAGACAGUGAAACAAAAUUUUUAUCAUUUUCUGUAAAUAUUUCUAUUUAUUUUUCUGAAAAUAAUGGCCUAUGUUUUGUAGUUUACAUCUAACAUUAGCAUCACUUUUCUUUACCACAGCUAACUCAAGUUUUGGACAUCUUUUGCGCUGUUUAAUGGCACAUUGCUGCAUCACUUUUUAAAGAAAAGGAUAGUGUUAUCAUUUAAUGUGAUGUUCAUUGUACAGGUCACUGAAUGUAACUCUUGAGAUCCAUUUAUUUUGUAUACAGUGGAAAUAAAUGUUUUCCAAAUAGUC